UAAAUAACUCAGUAUCGAGCCGAUUUCUUACCAGCGGAACUGUUGACCGGUCAUUAAUGCAACUGAAAAACGUACUCCGUGAUCUGUGGAUCAUGAGAGAUGAGCUGAUGAAGAAGCCGGCCACGGCUGGAGGGCCAGAGAGAAAGAAGAUGCGCCGUCGCCGGACCAGAUCACAUAUUGCACCUGAACAGCCAUUUUCACCGUUACCAGCUGAGCAGCAGAGCCAAUGGGCAGACAUGCCUCCUGAGUUGCUUCAUGACAUUAUCCAGCGCGUGGAAGAAGACGAGACCUCCUGGCCUGCUCGGAGGGACGUCGUUGCUUGCGCUUCGGUUUGCAGAUCAUGGAGGGAGAUUACUAAAGAGAUUGUCAAGACUCCGGAGCAAUGUGGCUUGCUUACCUUCCCUAUCUCACUGAAGCAGCCGGGGCAGAGAGAUUCUCUGAUCCAGUGCUUUAUUCAGAGGGAAAGAGAAACUUCGACAUAUCGCCUGUUUCUCGGUUUAAGCCCUGCUCUCUCCGGGGACAUGAGUAAGCUAUUGUUGACAGCAAGGAAACUUAGACGGGCAACAAGUACAGAAUUUGUGAUAUCUUUGGCUGCAGAUGACUUCUCUCGAGCAAGCAGUUCUUAUGUUGGAAAACUAAGGUCUAAUUUUCUGGGAUCCAAGUUUAACAUCUAUGAUAGUCAGCAUCCACAUGGCUCUGCAAUCCAAACAAGUCAGAAGUCGCAUAAAAAAAUGAACUCAAAGCAUGUAGUUCCAAGGGUACCUGCUGGUAGUUAUAAUGUUGCUACUGUAUCUUAUGAGCUUAACAUCCUCCGAACAAGGGGACCAAGAAGAAUGCAGUGUGUCAUGCAAUCGAUUCCCAUCUCAUCAGUUCAGGAAGGAGGUAUUGCGCCUACUCCAACUGAAGGUGGCGUUGCGCCUACUCCAACUGAAGGUGGCGUUGUGCCUACUCCAACUGAUUUAGAAGACUGUCUAUAUCAGCAAACCUCCCCAUUGCCAGUUUCACAAGGAAAGAAGCUGCUGGAUAAUCUGAGCUGUGGUAGCCCCAGACGGGAUUUGGAGCAUGAUGACAUCAGUGACCCUCUCAUUUUGAAAAACAAAGCUCCUAGAUGGCACGAGCAGCUGCAGUGUUGGUGUCUAAAUUUUAGGGGCCGCGUUACAGUGGCCUCGGUAAAGAAUUUCCAGCUGGUAGCUACUGCAGAGCCUUCACAGAAUGUCUCAGCGGAAGAACAAGAGAAAGUUAUACUGCAAUUUGGGAAAAUUGGUAAAGACAUCUUCACAAUGGAUUAUCGAUACCCUCUGUCUGCUUUCCAAGCCUUUGGAAUUUGCUUGAGCAGCUUUGACACAAAACCAGCCUGUGAAUGA